AUCUUAAUGUUGUUAUCCUCUUUUAUACGGAACCACUUCUGACGUCAUCAACAUGCGACAUAUGCGUGCGCGCUGCCUUCUUCUCCAGACAGCCCGGUGACCGCCGCCUGUGAGCCCCGAUGGCGGCCUCCACCCGCCGGGCGGUGUUGUCGCUGUACAUGCGGGUGUUUCGCGUCGCCCGCGGCUGGCAGGCGCUGAGCGGAGUGACAAGUGACACCGAGGCGGAGAGAAAGUACAUUGUGCAGGAGGCCGGCACUCUGUUCAGACAGAACCAGCAGCUCACAGAUGAAGAAUCAAUAAAACAGUGCAUGGAGGAAUGUGAGGCAAGGAUAGAAAUGGGUCUACAUUACAGGAACCCUUACCCCAGGGCUACGUACCUGCCACCACUGGGGCUGGCGACUCAGAGAGGCAGGAAGCUGAAAGCACAGCAGCGCCUGAGGAAGCAAGCCAAGCCGGUGUACUUACAGUCACAAGACGAGACCUGAGGCUCCGUGUCCUCGCCGACAGUUCGGGUUACCGCAGGCCGGGAAACCGGAGCUCGGUCACGAGCCGGUCCGAUGGGCCUACAAGCGCCGCGCGGCGCUGGAACGCGAUCGGGCAUUCAGGAAGGAGCCAUGUUUCACCGUUGGUGUUCUCUUUUUUUACUACAAACUGUUUGAACGUGAGCUUCUCAGUGUAGCUGGAGGGUGACGGCUUCUGUUGGGCUCAGGGAGGCUGUGAGGGUGGAGGAGCUUUAAUAUGAGAUCAAGUUGUUAUUGUGUGUGUGUUUUGUCUGUGUAAAAAAUGCUAUGAAUACUUCACAUUCUGUAACGACUGCUAAAAGAAACAAAUAAAGUUAUCUUAAUGUUUAA